AAGACCGGGCUUAGUUAAGACUAGGCUUAAGUUCGGUUGUCAACUUAGCAAUCAGGACCAGACUUAGUUAAGACCAGUUGGUGCGACCUGCUCAUAUCGAUCAAGCUCUGGGAUAGUGAGAGAACUGGAAUGUUUGAUGAUUGUUUUUGUUCUCUCUUCUGACAAAAUGACACAGUCCUGGACGAUGACGCCACCGAAGACAUGGUGUCUCCUGCCCCUCGCUGUCCUCCUCUUCCUGUCCAUCGUUCUCACAGUGGCUGAAGUGGUAAAGUCCGUGUCGGACUGCGACCAGUUUUUCCUUGAGGAAACUCCACCACAGGUCCCAGGCAUCUUGGAGGGCGGAAGAAUCCUGAACCAGAACCGAUACAAACCCAUUUGCCAGACUUUUGAGAAUGAGAGAAGGUUUGUGACGCUCUACGACAUCAGGAACAAGAUCCCAGUGUUUUCUGCUUACAAGUACAAAGGGGGAGUGGGAAACAGACCCUCGAACGACUGGAAGAUAGAGCCUCAGCUUGAGGAGGAAGAAGAAGACGAGAACAUGAUGCUUGUGGACAAAAAUAAGACCUACAUCCACCAGGCUGGGAACAUUGAUUACAGACGCAAUGGUGUGUUUGACAGGGGCCAUUUAUUUCCAAGCUCCCAUGCGUUCAACAGAUCUGACAAAAAGUCUACCUUCACCCUGACAAACAUCGUUCCACAAGCCGCCAGAUUCAACCAGGGAAGCUGGAACAAAAUGGAGAUGUGCAUCAAAUGUGUGAUGGACAAAUACUGCAGAAACAGCAAUAAUAUUACUGAAGGCUUUGUAGUAACUGGAGCGCAACCCAGCAACAACAACAUCCUCAAAAACAGGAUUAAUAUCCCCUCCAUGCUCUGGUCAGCAUUCUGCUGCUACAGCUCCAACAUGCGCACGUGGUUAGCAAGUGCACACUGGGGCGACAAUGUUACGCCUAAAAACAAAUAUCUGGAGACUGAAACUCUGGAAGAACUCCAUCAAGAACUGAGGACAGCGGACUCUGAAUUUAAAGUGUUUCCUGGGACACAGUGUCCUCUCCACACAACUGUCACUGAGUUUUACCCAGGAAUCAAGGACUGCCAAUGCCCACACUCCACUUCACCCACCUCUGCAUCUCCCAACUCAACAUCUGGCACUCCCAAUUCAACAUCUGCCAUUCUCACAUCAUCUGGCAAUCUCACUUCAAUAUCUGCCACUCUCACAUCAACAUCUGCCCCUCCUACAUCAACAUCUGCCCCUCCUACAUCAACAUCUGGCCCAGUCACAUCUACAGCUGGCACUCCAACUUUAACAUCUGGCCGACAUUGACAUCUAGCACACCUUCAACAC